UGGCUGAGACUGAGGUUAGAAAUGCUGGGCAGUAUUGUUGUGCUUUCUGCCGCGCUCUUUGCAAUCCUUAUUGGUGAUGUCUCUGGCGGGACUGUUGGGCUAGCCAUAACCUAUGCUCUUCAGAUUACUGGCGCUCUCAACAUGAUUGUACUUAACGGUACAUUGCUUGAGUCGAACUUUGUGAGUGUGGAGCGUAUUGUGGAGUAUUCCAAUCUGCCACAAGAGCCAGACUGGAUUCUGCCACACCGACGACCUCAAGAAGGAUGGCCUCCGUCGGGACGUAUCGAGUUUGACGGGUACAGCACCAAGUACAGGCCUCAUCUCGACCUCGUGCUCAGGAAUCUCACGUUUAAAGUUGAAGGCGGGGAAAAGGUUGGGAUCGUGGGCCGCACAGGAGCUGGCAAGUCCUCUCUCUCUAUGGGACUUUUCCGAGUGCUGGAAGCUUUCCAAGGCCGCAUUAUCAUAGACGGAGUGGACAUCAGCUCUCUCGGGCUCCAUGAUGUUCGCUCAAGUCUCACCAUUCUUCCUCAGGACCCUGUGCUGUUCUCUGGAACCCUGAGAAUGAACUUGGAUCCGUUUAUGCGGCACAGUGAUGCAGAGGUUUGGAAAGCCCUGGAGAAUGCGCAUCUCAAAGUCUUUGUGACGAGUCUGCCAGAGAGACUUCUCCAUGUCUGUGAAGAGGGUGGUCAGAAUUUGAGCGUUGGCCAAAGACAGCUGGUGUGCCUUGCCCGCAGCCUGCUGAGGAAGACCAAAGUUCUGGUUCUGGAUGAGGCCACAGCGGCCGUUGACCUGGAGACAGACAGCUUGGUACAGAAGACGAUCAGAGAGGCGUUCCAGCACUGUACUGUUCUCACCGUGGCUCACCGCCUGAACACUGUGAUUGAUUACGACAGGAUUUUGGUGCUGGACAAAGGAGAAGUCCUUGAGUUCGGAACACCAGAUCAGCUACUCUCAAACAAGCAGGGUGCAUUUUACAGCAUGGCUAAGGAAUCGGGCUUGAUUUAAAAAGUAGUUUCCGUGGUCCUGCUUGCUGCUGAGGACAUGACUGCUCAAUCAGUUCGUCUCUGUUGUUGUUGACAGAGAAUGACUGAGUAUGUUUUAUGGAAUUUCGUACAGUAUACUUCACAUAUUGGUCCUGUUUCGGAAGAGGGCCUAUUUGCACUUGCAAAGAAAAGCAAUGUUGUUCAGGAUAGUCUGUCAUUUGGUCCAGGUAGACACCAACCAGACUUUUCUUAAAGAUAAUCUGCCCUUUUUCUUUCAUUACGAAGCACUAUCAUCACCCCAGAAAAGGUGGAACUGUGGUUUUUCUCGAAAUUUGUCAUUUUUGAUAAUGGCUUUUGUCUCUCCAAUUUCUUUACCAUUAUGUUUUUGGACAAAAGUUACUUGUUUUAAAGAGUGUGAUAUUCAGUACAAAGUAUCUUCUCAGGAUGUUUUGUGUCUAUUGAUGCAAAUUUUGUCCCUGAACAUCGUAGCAUACAUUCAGGAGGCUAAUACUCACGAAAAAGAAAA